AGAUAAAGAUUGAAAAAUAAAAAUAACCAAUUUUUUCCGUUUAUUUUCUUGGCAAAUGCAAAGUGAAGAAGCAUUCAACAGAUUUUGUGUGUAAUUUAUUUUCAUUUUUGUUCGAGUGCAACAAGUUUUAGUCUUUCCAUUGCAUUUAGUUCUAUUUAUUUGGUGUUUGUUUUGUUUUCUGAAAUUCAUUGGAAUCACAACAGCUGUGCAUCCUGUUUACCUGCACUCCAGGAUUAAGAGUCGACAGCACUAAAACCUCAUCAUCAUCAUCUUCAGCAUCCUCGUCAUCAUCUUCUGUAUUGUCGACGCAUUUGAGUUUUUUCCAGUUCUAGGAAAUUCUUUUAUGCAUUUAUUGCACAGAGAGUGAAAAUGGCAAUUUGGAGCAGCAGCAGCUUGGCGUCUGGCCUGAGCGUGAGGCUGAUCCUGUCCAGCCUAGCCUUGGCUUUGCUACUAACCACAUCAACAGCAGCAUCCGCAUCUUCCUUACCAUCGCAACCAGCGGAGCAUUUGGUGCCGCCGCCCUUGCCUACAGCUCAACGACUACGUCACUCCGGUUAUACAACCAAUGCUGAGAGUGGGGGAGGAGGAGGGGCAGCUGUUGCUGUAUUGCCUCCAGAGACGGGAUUCAUGACACGAGUGGCCCGUUGGUUUGGACUGGCUGGUGGUGGGGGUCAGUCAUCAGCACAAGCGCAGUCACCGUCGCUGCGAGAUCAACAGUUGAGUCCCAGCUCUACGAGUUAUGCCUAUCCCAAGCCAGUGACUAAUUUCAAUGCUGGUGGCAAACCAUGUGGCCUAUGCAACAAGUAUCCCUGGGUGCCUAUGGUGGGUCAACAGCAGCAGCAGCAGCUGCAUUCGACCAAUGACUUGGCCAACUGGAAGGGUCCUCUGGCACAGGCUUCUUCUCAGUAUCGUCAGCGUGCCGUACAGUUUCGUCCUCCACCCUCACAGAGUGUAUUUCUGCCCAUGGCAGGGCCUAAUCCAGCACUUAGCCAUGUGGCGAUUCCACCACUUUAUAGUGCCCAACCAUUUAGACCAAUUUUCCAACCCAAUGUCAAUAGUCAACAGCAACCCUUGGAGAAUCUAGCUGCCCAGUCAGAGCUGCGACCCGUGCCAGCUGUCUCGACGACACUGCCAGGAUCUACACAUCGGCCCUAUGCCAAUCCCACUCAAGUGGACAAUGGCUUUGAAAUUAUCAAGAGUCAUCAAUUGACUGACUUUGUCACCUCUGUAGAGUAUCCUGCCACUUUUGUCCAGUCCCAUGCCAUAGAUUUGGGAGCCAGUUCGGUGCCCAGUAAUCACAGGCCACAAGAAACGAAUGAGGAUGAUGGAGGUGCUGGUGGGGAGAACGAUGAAACCAUCAGCACAGUGCGUUAUCAGCUAGAGGACUUGGCCAGUGGAUCUGUUCAUCAACAUUUGCCAGCAUCGCGACUGCUCACAGAGCUGGGACACUUUGCCGAUAGCCAGACAACGACCGUAAUGCCACCGGCGGAUAAUUAUCCAGCUGCCUCAUCCCAACAGCAAUUGCAGCAGGAGCAGGAGCAACAACUUUACUAUGCAGAGCAAUACAUUGAGCAGGAGCAGCAGGAACAAGAGCAAGAAUCAGAGACUUCACUUCCUUACACCACAACCACAGAGCCAUCUCCAGCGCCAUUCAUCAACCUUCAUCAUCAUCAUCAUCAUCGGGAUAGAGAAACACCCAAACGUCUGCUGGACUCGCCCAUUAAACAUGCCCGCCUGGCAGGGGAGGCACGACCCUUUACCCGCGAUCCAGCCGAGCUUAACUUUCGCCUGAGUCAAGUGGCUCCCACAGUGGCCAGUGAGGUGGCCACGGAGGUACCCACUCCCACCUCCACCUAUGGUGCCAUUGAUGCCAGUGGACAAUUUGCAGGAAUGUCGCCACCUUUGCCACCCAAUGCGUACUCCAGUCCACAACAGGUGAUCAUACCGUAUACGACCAAACAGAAACCACGACCCUUUGAGCCCUGGACCAAGGUGAAUGAUGUUGAUCCGCAGGAGCAACAGGAAUCCAAACUGACAGCAGCUUCGGUUACACCGCCGACACUGCCCACACGUCGCACCACCAAAUAUCUAACAAAGAUUCUGGCCACCAAUCUGAGGGAACUACUCAAGCGAGAACGAGAUGGCACCAAACGACGACCGAAUGGCCUGAAUAUCGGAGUGGACAUCUCCCGAUUGCAGCACAACAUUGACGGCUGGACGGAGCAAGAAUACAAUUCACUGUCUCAUCGUCCCAGCACUCCCACCAUUCGGGGUCGUUCCAAGCACAUACCCAGUGAGUAUCUGACCACCACGACAACGACUCCAGCACCGCCGGUCACAUCCCAGCUGAUAAGACAAUCGAAGACAACACGGGGCGGUGGCUUCGAAUUGGCCUCCAGCUUGCCGGCCACCUCACCGGUUGCAGGCGAUCUGUCCACAUCGAUUAACAAUCUGGAGCACUUGCAUAUUCUCGGCGAGAAGCUGCCGAAGCGGUUUCAUCCAGUCGAUGAUAAUCAUCUGCAAUUCGACUAUUAUGCUGCUGCCCAUCAUCAGGAUCGUUCGAAAAGCACUACAACGUCCGCCCCCUCCACAUCCGCUCCCACGACCUCCAGUUCAUUGCGUUUGACCAGCCAGGAUGGGGUAACCCCUCUCUAUGAUCGAACCACACCUGCUCCCAUGGAGUUGUGGAAGCAGGCUAAGGUGGCCAUCCUGCCGCAAACCAACGAGAAGGUGUAUGUAGUGACGCCGCAGCCUCCGGCACGACAUCAGGCGCGUUAUCAUCAUGUGUCCGAGGCGGAGGACCAUCACGAGGCAUCCGCCUCGGCAUCGGCACCUCGGCCAGUAUAUCAAACGCCAGCGCCCAGAUUCUCACGUAUGCGUCCUACACCAGGAGCAGCUGCCAUGCCGACAACAUCCUCCCAGCUGCAUAAUUAUACACCGGAUAUAUUUGGACUGAUGGGUCUAUCGUCCUAUGUUCCCGCUGAGCCAGUGGAGAUUAUUGAUGGCAAUUCCAAAGUGAUAAAUAUAGUGACGCCGGCGCCUCUUGUAUCCGCCCUAAAGCAGCCGACAGCAAAGCCAACAAUAUCGCCUUCGCCUAGAUAGAAGAUCAUCGUUUAGCGAUCACUGGCGCCGACACUGGAUGAUCAUCUACCAACUGCCUAUUGUAAUAUAUAUUUCCCCCCACUCUUCCCCCAACACUCCCCGCCCCUGCCCCUGGCACACUUUUCCCACAAAGAAGUCGAAGAAGGACGCAUGAAUAUGGAUUACGGAUUAUGGAUCCAAGAUGAAACCAUAACAUAAUCAAUGAUUAAAAACUAAGUCUGCGAAUCUAAUGGAAACCCGUAUUUCAUAAGGAACCCUCCCUUCCCCCUCCACCUCAUCCCUCUUUUGACCGCUAUUUGGUAUAUGUAUAUGUUUAAGAGUAUUUGUGCAUUUUUUAGCUUUAUGAGACAAAUGUGUGUGUAAUGAGAGUGAAAGAAGGAUAGCGAAAUACAAAGAGCGAAGUAACUAAGUAAAAUUAAUCAAUUCCAUUUGGCCAA